CACUCCAACUCAUGCGGGUCGAGUCGCGCCUUGAGCCUUGCAUCGUCGUCACCUCACGCUCCCUCCCGUGGCUACAGACCAUCAAUACUUGACCACAGCACGCGGCGAUAGCAGGCAUCCACCUCACAGGAUGAGCUAUGGCUAGACUUAACGAACCCCCCGUGUCUUCGGACAGCAUCGAGACGCGUAUGUUUCCCCUCCCUCUGCGCUACGCGAACCCUUCGCGGACGGAGCUCUUCUGACCCUAUUGCCGGCCAGUUCGCAAGAAGUUCCUCCGCCAAAAUAGAGACCUUGCCAAGUCGAACAACAUCCGCGCGCUGCGCAUCCGCGAGCUCGAAAACGAAUGUGCAUGCAUGCUCUCCGAGAACCUCGAGCUCCGUGGACGGAUCCUUGAGCUCGAAAAGCAAGUCGAAGACAAUGACUCCCGCCGGAUAGCCGACCACGCGUUGGCAAUCAAGAAUAAGCUAGAGUCGCAGCUCACAGAAUGGGGAACUCUCUUGGCAGGCCUCGGCCUCGAGCCGCCUAUGAAGAAGCACUCGCCGCGCGUGAGGAAGUCGGUCAGACCCCGCAUGAGCUUUAGUGCGAGUCGGCCCAGUCCAUCGCAAAGAAGACUCCGUGAAGUCGCCCGGGAUAUAGAGGAGCUGGGACACAUUGCAGAAGCCAAGUCCUACCCCCGCAAGUCCAUGAACCAUGAACAAAUCCUCGCCCUUCAGUCAGAGGCCGAAGAAGCCGACACGACAGACUCCCCCGAACUUGGGCCGCCGCCGAGGUCUCAAUUCAUUGAUCGAGACCCCGUCAAGGUCGACUCUCCUAGUCGCGCUAUUCCAGCAAGAGCGCCAGAGGCCGGCGCUAAGGACAAUGCUGAAUCUGCACAACCGAAAUUGAUUCAAUCACCAAAGGUAAACGAGGCCCACCGUCCAUGCGUGGCUUCACCAGAGAAGAAAAUUGAGCCCACCAUUCCGCCGCAACUCCGGUCACUGGCCAGUGAAACCACCGCGUCCGUACCCAUUAAGGCUGGAUCGAAGCGCAAGUUCACCGCACAAGAAGAUGCCGAAAACAUGCCACUCCAGCGGGUCAGCGACGAAAACCGCCCUUUCCGAACUGGGCCGGAGAAGCAGUCCAUUCGAGACAAGGCUGGAGGUGGCAAGACGCUAAAAGAGCUCGCCAACAUCAGAAAGGAAGCUCGUGAGAGGCUUGCUGUCGACAAUACCACACGUAAACCGCUGUCAGCGAAGAACACCAAUGACGACAUCAGUUCGCCGAAGAAGUCGAAAAAGUCAACCGAUGAGGUCGCGGAAGCCAAAGCAGACCUAGCCAAGCCCAAGGUGUCGAGAGAACGCUCCAAGGCGAAGACAAAGAGUGCCGCCCUGGCCAAGGUGGAGCCGGUCAAGAUUGAGGCCAUAUCUAUACCAGAAUUGCCACCCCCAGCUACUGUCGAAUUGAGCGUACCGGUUGCGGAACCCGCGCUCCUGUCUCCAAAUUCUCCCGAGCCAGCACCUGAUGCCAGUGGCCACAGGGGUGACACGCCUCCCCCACUGGAUAUUUUGUCCAAGGGAGAGAUGUUGCGACCGAGCAGACGAAAUAGGACGGCAGUCAGCUAUGCCGAGCCGAACCUGAGGGAUAAGAUGCGGCGGCCGACCAAGGAACUGUUCGACGCAGUUGCUGGAGAAGGCAAAUAUGCGCGACGGAGCAGCCAAGCUGAGCCCUUGGACAAGCUGAAGCGCGAGUCGGAUGUCAACGGGUCUGGUGCCAAGCUGCUGAGCGUGAACACCCAACCCGCCGAAGCUGAUGCUGGCAGGACGCCAGAAAGCCCUCUGGCCAACAAGACCUCGCCCCCUCAGGAGCUGCCGGCCUCUGUCGCCACGGAGAGGCGGCGUCGGCCGUCAUCAGCAACAGUCAAGGCGAUCGAAGUGCCCGAAGAGGCUGGCGCUGGCCCACCGGACAAGCCACGAGAAGCGGACACCAGCGCAGACACGAGCGGCUCCGGCGACACCGACAUCUAUGAGUUUACGAGUUCGUCGCCUCAAGUGGAGAAGGAGGACGACACUGUAGAGGCGAAACGAUCCAAUCGGCGGCAAACGACGUCUGCGCGCCGUGCGUCGUCGGCCACCGACGGCGAAAAGACUCGAGCCUCUUCAAGGCGAAGAAGCAUGAUGGUAUAAUGACUGAUGGAUCUUUGCCUGGGGAGUGGCAGGGAGUAUCAUAAUGAAGCAACGGGCGUUUACGGUAGAUUGUCUGCGAUGGCGGUCCGGGAUUUGCACAUGGUUUGGCGACGCACAUUGAGCUUCGGAUGAUAUUCGAGAUACCAAGCGACGGAGAUACUUUAUGUUUAUUUGACUCUUUUGUCCAUGUUUGACUUUUGGAUUUGGCGUACACGGGACACUGUCUCGCCUUUAAACAACGUGUGGCCCCAUGAUCUGCCCACUGGUGCAAGGAACGAACGCGCUUCACUGCGUUCAUCUGGGGAGCGAGACUAUUGCAGGAGCUCAAUAAAUGCG